GAUUCAGCUGGUUUCAUGGGUUUCAUUCUCCUUUAAGAAACGGGCCCAUGGUGGUUUAAAAUUUAAUGAGAUAAGCACCAAAUUCGAUGUCUUGAUUAUUCAUAUAUUCUUUUGAAUUGUGUUUUUCAUUCACAUCCACAAAAAAAUGCGUCCACGAAUGAUUGGUAUAUUUCACAGUUUGCCAAGUAGGCCUACAUUGUACAACAUCCUCUAGUAUGCAUUCAAAGUAGAAAUGCAACAAAUACCUUCAUAGAGUGUUCAUUGAUGUGCUAUUCUAGUCACCUGGUCUAUUCAAUUUCUUCAUCCAGCUAUGUAAGGCAGAUGCAUACGUAAUAUCUUGCUUUGAAAUCUACCUAUCUUAAUGAAAGAAAUGAAAGGUCAUUUGACCAAAAUUGUCCCAGAAGUAACUACGAACUGGUCUAUUUCGAGUAUUGCAUUUUUUUUUUACAAUAAGUCUCUAGUAUAUUGUUGCGCUCGAGCAGUUUGGCCUCCUGACCUCGAGCUCCCAUUUGUUUCACGUGUAAACACUGCACUCCUGUUGUAUGUACCCGGGAUUUGUUCUUACCGUAUACCCGGCGGCAGUGCUAAGUGUAUUGCGUCAGGCUUGAAGGGAUAAAAAAUGGCUGAUCAAAAGUCUCCCAAAUCACCGUCGACCUCGUCCGCGACUACGGAUUCCAACCAGCACCAGACUCGAGUGAUGCUUUGGUGUACGCCUAGGUCAACGUCGACAAUUUUGACCAAAUGUCUGAGUUUUGUGCCGAAUACGCAGGUGUACUUUGAGCCCUAUUACUUCUGUUAUGAGGCAUUGGAAAGGUUGAAGAGCUUGGGGAUCGACGUCGACCCGUCCUCGAUAAAGUCGUACGAUGACGUUAAAACGACGGACUGGUGGACGACUGCGAAUUUGAUCAGCGGUGGAGACUGUGGUAAAGAGGGCACCCCAGACUUCAAUAAGAUGAAAUACCCUUGCAUUAAAGAUCUUUGUGAAAACCCGAGUCCGGAUAAAGAUGUGAUAUUCGUAAAGGAUAUGGCAUACUGCAUUGACGGUCGCUACAAUUUCCUACCCGAAAAAUCGCUCGGAUAUCGAUACGCGUUUCUGCUCCGACAUCCGAGGAAGGUCUUCGCAUCUUGGCGAAGAAUUAUGUUAGAUCUCGACCUGGAACCGGAGCCGGAACAGGUGGGUUCGGAACCAAACAAGACAAGGUCUGAAACUUUCCACAUGGUGAACGAUCUGUCGGCUAUUUACGCACCGCCUGGACACUUCUUCAAGGAGACCUAUGAUCUAUGGUUGCACGUCAAGCAGAAUUACGAUCCGAACCCGGUCGUUCUAGACAGCGACGAUCUGCUAUCCGACCCGAUCACGAUGUUACCACGGUUUUGCACCGCGGUUGGAAUCCCCUACACAGAUGACCUACUGAAGUGGCCUGGAAGUCCGGAUACUACUAGCAGUUGGAUAAACGCGUUCACACCACCAAACGAUUUCGAAUUUAUCCGGAUGUACUGCAAGAAUUCCUUUAAUACCACACAUUUUUUUCCUCCCGGCCCUCUUCCACAACUAGAGGAUCUGACUGAAGAUAUCAAAGAGUGUGUUGAAGCAGUCAUGCCCUAUUAUCAAGAAAUGUAUGACUCUCGUAUUUAGACGUAGGGGUGAGAUUUAGAUUCAAACCUUGUGGAUUUGAAUAUGAAGCUAAAACAAUUGAUUUUAGAUCUUUUGAGAUUUGAAAGUUAGUCCCUAAGAUUAGAAUAUAUCCAGAAUUCGGCUCGCCAUUAUUCCCAGCCGAUCUGGAAAGAUUUUUUGAUAAAAUUGAAAUUUAGAGUGUAGGCCAUAUACAGGUAACGUUAUUUUGUUGUUUUAAUCAAAUAUCAUUGGUAAAGAGUCACAUAAUAAUACAUCUUUUUAAUAUAUUAUAGUAUUUAUUUCUUUUCCUUUUUAGCUCCAUGCAUGUUAUCAAAUCUAGGGGUGCAUUACAUUUGCUGCCCCCAUACGAGUACGAGUCACCCCAUAUAGGGGUGCCUAUGUGCACCCAUAGAAGGAGCUGGAUUCUCGGUUUUCAAAAUAAUCUUCAUCCCAGCGGCUGGCAAACACUCCAGUCAUGAAAGGUUUUGUUUCAAAAUGAAAAGAAAAAAAAAAUUAAAGCUGUAACUGAGACUUUGCUAAGCCAUGCCGUUAUUUUGCCAUUUUAUACCGCUUUCCGUAGCUCGCUGAUCCGGGCCAGUCCCUGGCUAAGUCGUAAAAUUUUAAGUUUUUGAAUGGCGCGGGCUAUUUUGGUGCUUUUAUCAGCACCAGACCAGCGCCAGAUCCGUGCGCUUCUGAUAUAGUUACUGAACGCAAUUAUUAUUGUGUGGUGCGCGGGCCUGAUGCAUACCCCCCAAAACAGUAUCACUUGCCUAAUACUAAGUUUUAUGUUACAAUUAUUACAACAAAUGCUUUGACAUUGAGAUGUGGUAAUAGAUGUUGAAUUCUGUUCAAAACUAGAUUCAGGUAUUUCUACGACUGUAUCGUAUUGAAAUUGUGUGAAAUAUCAAAUUGAUGUAUGAUUAACAUAAGAUCAUAAUUUAUACUACUUGUUUUUCUAUGAAUAUAGAUGAAUAAACACUGUAUUUUUAUUAAUAUAAUUUCUAUAGUAGAUGACGAAAUGGGUCGUUCUUAUGAGAUUUCGCGAUUUUACACGUACAUGACUUGUGUACAUACUAAUGAGGGCUCAAAUUAUGCAGUUAGCGAUAUCCAGCGCCAUAUAGGGUACACAGAGAUGAACCAUGUAAUGAAUUCAAAUUUUGACCUUGUUUAAUGUCAGGUAUUCUGCACCUUAAAAGGUGAAAAAUGCACCGUUUAGAGUGUAAACGAAUAUUUCUUGGUACAAAUAAAAAUAAAAAUGUGUUGCCUUUUUUUCUACCGAGGGUGCAAGAUUACACGCCAAAAGAUUAGUAGUGUUCCAUUUCAGGUUCAAAGAUUUAUUAGUGUAGGAGUACCGUACGAUGACGACAAAAAUAAAGAGAUGAACAAGUUCAUUCCAGUUGAAGUCUAUUUAUCAGAUCUCUUCAAAAAGAUUGAUAUAUCAGCGUUCCGUCGAAUGUGAAAAACAAAUCCUCGUAAAUAUUAGAAAUGUCUUUUUCUGAAGGCUGGGCGAGCCACAGAUCCGGAAACCAACUAAACAGCGCACAUCCUACUUAAAGGGGAAUCCAGCCUUGGCCAUAAAAUGUUGUGUUGGGAAGGAGAAAAAUAAAUUAAACAGAAUGGUAAAAGUUUGAAAGAAAUCGGACAAGCAAUAAGAAAGUUAUAGCUGUUUUAAAAUUGAGAUCACUAAUACUAUGUAGAUUUCGAAUUGGCAACUGAGUAAGUAACUUAUGACAAGGGGCAAGGACAACUUUCCCAUAUGCCAUGUACUUUAUUAUCAGGGAUUUGUGGUUUUUUCCUAAGUACCCAUUCCCCUGGGGCAGUAAUCUAAAUAUAUCCCAGGUAGUAUAUUGUUUUAUGUCCUCAAGAAAGAAAAAUAUAAUUUGAAAUAAAACUUUUGGGAAAAAUGACAUUUUAGCCAUAAUAUGUAUUGGAGUACAUGGAAGAGUAGUCCUUGCCUAACAUCACUUUGACAUCCCAUAUGCGGCCAAUUUGAAGUCUCCAUGGGUAUAGUGAUUACAAAUAUUUACAACUUUUAAAAAUUCAUAACUUUCUUGUAGUUUGUCCAAUAUUGUUCAAACUUUCACCUAUCAAUUUGUCUGAAUUUUCUUUUCCUUAUAAAAACAAGUUUUUAUUUGGGUUGGAUUCCCCUUUAACGAAGAACAAAAAUAAAACUGGCCAGAGCUCUCAAUCGCCGCGCCUUCGAUAAACUAGUUCAUUCUCAAACAGCGACAAGUACCUAAAACACUUUCCAAUCACAAAGGCCAUUACAACCAUAACCAAUUCAAGCGCGACGCUAGUUGGUCCGAUCCUAAGAUCGCCUAACCUAAAAUUACCAAUCACAUAGACAGUUACAUGUUAUAACCAAUCAGAAAACAACUCUACUAGAGUGCGUCCAAUCAGAGCUCCUAUUGUAAAAAAACAAGAGGAGUCGCGCACUCUAGAAACGACAAUUAUAACCAAUCAGAAAACAACUCUAAUAGAGUGCGUCCAAUCAGAGCUCCUAUCGUAUAAAACAAGAGGAGUCGCGCACUCUAGAAACGACAACACCCCCUUUAGCCUUAACCAAUGAGCGAAAUUUAGAUUUAAAAAAAAGAGGCGGGGAUUAGGAUCUCGAAAGAAUGUCGGAAUUAGCCCCCGGUGAUAGUUAAUUACGAAUGCAUACUUUUGGAACAUUGAGGUGUACAUUUCCAUAGUUUUUCAUAUUUUCCAUAUUUCUCAAUAUAUUAAAGGAAACGUUUAAUUCAACAAAGUUGUAUUUAACACGUGUAAGUGACGUGGUGUCCGUCCAGGGGCAGCUUCUGUAUACAGAGAUUAAACUUGUUUAAAAACAUAAACUUACAUAGCGCCCUCUUAAGAUCAAUUCGGCCUAACGUGGCAAAAUAUGCACGGAAACGUAUUUAAAAAAAAAAAGCGUUAAAAACGACCAUCCGAUUGAGAAUCUUUUUUUUUUGCAUGGUCAACCCCUCCCCAACCUCCUCUCCCCCCUCCCACACACACUUUCAUAAUCUUUCCGCGGCCCCCCUGAACGUCGUGAAACAUUCGCAAUAAUCAUAUACAUGUAAUUGUUAUUGCCCCUAUAUAUCGAACCAGUAGUUAUUUGGGCCUUUUUAGGCUCUGAGAUAACCAAUGAUCUAAAAUUUUCAAUACGGCUCGGAGUCGUUCUGUAGGGAGCGUUUCAUGAAAAAAAAAUGUCGGAAAAACCGUCUGACAUGCCCUGUUUUACCCGACAGGCGACAGUUACCAUAGAAACAGUGCUUCAGCCAAUUAGAAUCAAGGAAAGUUGUCAUAUCUGACAAAUUGUCGGACAUUAUGUUGGUGAAAUGCUACCGGAUGUAUUAUUUCACCCAUAACAAAUGCAAACUUGAUUAUCAUUUCCAAUAAAUAUGAAAAUAUUUCAACCAUUUCGGUCAUUUUUGCCACUUUGAUUAUCUGUACAAUCCAAACCUGUCAUCAAGAAUUUUAUUUAUUUCUUUGAUUUUGUUUUAUUUCCACACUUCAAUAACAAAGUAUAUAUAAGUAUAAUCAUUUUUCAGCAUUUCAUAACAAUAAACAUAAUGAUGAACAUAAUGAUACCAUAAUGAUGGAUAUAGUAGUGUUCUAAGUCAGAUAUAAAUUAUACAUGGAAAAUUUUGUCUUUAAAAAUGUUGAAGCAUGUAUAUAUAUACACACUUCCAGAACCAAGUAGGACCCCAAGGAAGAACAGCAGUAUUUUGAAAAUACAGCUGAAUUGGGUGAUCCUCCGUUAUUGUAUGUAUCUCUCUUGUAUAUUGCAUAUUUUUUUAUCUGAUUCGGAAAUAAAAACAAACAAAUAAUGAAAGAUAUAAA